AUGUUCGCCUCGGUGGGCCCUCGGGGCGGCCCGCGCCCACCCGUCGCCCCGGCCAUCCCGGAGCCGGACCUGAGCCAUCUGACGGAGGAGGAGAGGAAGAUCAUCAUGGCUGUGCUGGCUCGGCAACGGGAGGAGGAGGCGAAGGAGGAGGCCAUGUUAAAAGAAGAAAAGCCUAUCCAAGCAAGAACGGUGAACCUGGUUGGGCAGAAGAAACCUCAACAGCAAAACGACGUCCGAGGCAUCCAGCAGCAAUUGUCCAGCUACAGGGAGACGGUAAUCCGGCAAGCCACAGCGGCGGCGGGUUCGGCCGUUCACCGGGACGACGCGCCAACCUGCGGCAUCUGCCACAAGACCAAGUUUGCAGAUGGAUGUGGGAACCUGUGCUCGUACUGCCAGACCAAGUUCUGUGCCCGCUGUGGGGGGCGAGUAUCCCUGCGAUCCAACACGCAAGACAAAGUGGUGAUCUGGGUGUGUAAUAACUGCCGGAAGCAGCAGGAGAUCCUCACCAAGCCGGGCGAGUGGUUCACUGGUCCGUCUGGAAAACCUGCUGGCCUGGGAUCAGCUGUCAGUGAGCCGUCUGUGUGCCAAACGCCUGGGGAUAAGAAGCUCCGAUCCCGCUCCCAAGCACCCCCAGGCUCCACCACCGCAAUCCAAGACCCCAACCGACCCAGUGCACCCGGGACCACACCUGGCACCGAUGCACGGUCACGUAGCGAACCACCACGAGACACGAGAAAUGGACGGGGAGGUGGAGGAGCCGGUCGGGGAGAGCGGCGGCCAGGCCAGCCCAGGCUGCAGACCCAGGUUUCCAUGGACCGGGACCUCCGGGGGGAGUCGAGGGAGCGCAGGGAAAGCCGGCGGCUGACAAAGGGACGCUCUCUAGAGCAUGAUCCUGUGGGAGGAGGUGGCGGAGUAAGACGGACAGAGGAGGGGGGCUACCGCCACACGGACCACAACGGUGCCGCCCCUUGCCAAGCAGGGCUGGUCCCUCCUGGAGGUCGAGGACACCCUGUGCCCGUGCAGGGGGGUCGUGGCAUGGGCGUAGUAGGGGAGCUUGGGGAUGGUGUUCGGCCUGGUCAGAGAACGGUGGGUGGGGUUGGUGGGCCGCAUGAACACACCCUUGCUCAGCAAGCCCCUCCCCCUGAACUCAGAGAGCCUCCUGGUUCGGGACCUGGCUCAGCCCCCGGCCAGGGACCUGUAGUGAGGCGGACCAAACGGGAGAAGGCUGAGAGCAUGCUGCGCAACGAUUCGCUAAGCUCUGACCAAUCGGAAUCUCUGCGUCCGCCGCCACCAAGGCCCUACAAAUCGAAACGAGGGCUGGGGGCCGGAGGGAAGAGACAAACCAGCAUCAGCAGUUCAGAGGAGGAAGGAGGGACCACGCCUGAGUACAGCAGCUGUGAGGAUGCUGAGAUUGAAAGUGUCAGCGAGAGAGGUGACUGGGAGUGCUACCCACAUGACCCCACUGUUUGGCAUCAUCCUGUAACCUGGCAGCCAUCCAAGGAGGGAGACCAUCUAAUUGGACGAAUCACCCUCAGCAAGAGGAGCGCUGCAAUGCCUAAAGAAGCUGGGGCUCUGCUGGGGUUAAAGGUGGUGGGAGGCAGAGUAACAGAGUCAGGGAGAUUAGGUGCCUUCAUCACUAAAGUCAAGAAGGGCAGUCUGGCUGACGUGGUGGGACAUCUUCGAGCAGGGGAUGAGGUUUUGCAGUGGAAUGGGAAGUUGUUACCAGGGGCGACUAUGAAGGAAGUUUACAACAUCAUCCUAGAGUCUCAAGCUGAACCUCAAGUGGAGCUGGUGGUAUCCAGGCCUAUUGGGGUGUGUAGAAAAUAUCAUGAUAUCCCAAGAAUCCCCGAUACGUCCCACCCUCCAUUAGAAUCUACAGGUUCCAGUUCUUUUGAGUCACAGAAGAUGGAGAGACCGUCCUUAAAUGUCCUAUCUCCCUCCAGUCCCGGGAUGCUCCAAGACGCUCCACAGUUAAUGCCAGGGCAACUCUCAGUGAAGCUGUGGUAUGACAAAGUGGGUCACCAGCUAAUAGUCAACGUGCUGCAGGCGGUAGAGCUUCCGCUUCGGCCUGAUGGGCGUCCCAGGAGCCCCUACGUCAAAAUGUACUUCCUCCCUGACCGCAGUGACAAGAGCAAACGAAGGACAAAAGCAGUGAAAAAGACCUGUGAGCCCAAGUGGAACCAGACAUUCGUCUAUACUCACGUCCAUCGCAGGGAUUUCCGCAACCACAUGCUGGAGCUGACCGUGUGGGACCAACCCAGGUCACCAGAAGAAGACAGCACCUUUAUGGGAGAGAUCCUGAUAGAGCUGGAGACGGCCUUACUGGACGACAAGCCUCACUGGUAUCCACUCCAAACCCACGACAUCUCAUCCAUACCACUGCCCCGGGCCUCCCCGUACCUGCCCCGACGACACACAGACACCCCUGGCAAGAAGCUGCAGCGUUCUCAGCGUGUAACAGAGCCUGAAUUUGAUGAGGGUACAGCAGUAGUGUCUAAAGCAGAUGGGCGUGGCAGGGAGAGGCAACGGGAGCCCACGUCUACUCUGGAGGUGCCAGAGCAGCAGAGGACUCCCACCCACCAUGUACGAUCCCGCUCGGUCUCCCCACACCGCGAGGAGCAGGGGCGCAUCCGGUCACGGCCACCCAACGUUCCCACUCAGAGGAGUUUGGAUGAUGAACUUCCUCACGCUCGUCGUUCUCGUUCUCCGACCCGCUACUACGACGCUGCCAGAGGUCGCCACCAGGAGGAGGAGUACCUGGAUGACAGUGAGAUCAUCAUGAUCCACCAGUCAAUGCGAGGCAAAAGUGCUGAGUGCCUCCACACCAGGAGAUCUACUAGGCACGAUAACACACUGCCACCUAAGAUGCCACUUUUGUUCAACGGUAUCCACAAACACACAAACAGUUCCACGCUGCCUGCAUGUCGAAAGAUGAGCCAUGUCAUGGGAUCACAAAUAGUCAUGGCAACACGCCAUUCCAUCGCACACCGUGUUGUAAUGUUCACAGAUGAGGUGACAGUUAGUGAUCUUCAGCCUUCUCUGGACAGGGUUAGGAGUGCUAGCGCCAACUGUCUGACUCCAGACAAUCAUGCCCCCUCACCAGAGACUGAAAGAAAAUCUUUAUCACGUUCCCUGCCCCGGAGACGUCCGGCAAGUCCCAGGAUUCUUAUUCAACAUGCGUCCCCUGAAGAUGACAGACAGCCUCGGACCCUGGAAACACCUGAAUGUCAGACUCUUGGCAGGAAGCUCUCUGACAGUGGCAGGGGCCACCUCCAAGGUGGUGCGUCUCUUUCCUCCUCAGUGACGUCCUCCUCAGCCCGCAGAGUGAGGCAGCUCCCUCAGCUUCCCCCCAAGAGCAGCACCGUAGAACAAGCCCUGGUAGCAGAGGAGCGUGUUCGUCAGCUCCAGAUGAGGGUUCAUUCCAACCGAGUGUCGGCUGCCACCACCUCCAGCCAACAAGACCUGGACAGAGCCCUCAAGAACAAACGGGAGCUCUACAAGGAUCAGAGGAGGAGCAGUGAAAACGUUUCCCAUAAGUCCUCAGACAGUGAUGUCAGCGACGUGUCAGCCAUCUCUCGAACCAGCAGUGCCUCUCGCAUCAGUAGCACCAGCUACAUGUCCAUCCAGUCAGAGAGACCCCGGGGACGCUUCAGCAGGGCCAUGCGUGCAACGGGCCGCCACAUGAUGAAGAGCACCAGCGUGAGUGGUGAGAUCUAUGGCAUGGAGCACGCCGAUGGCAGCCAAUCAGACACAGCGCUGGGGAGCCUGGGGAGUGGGAUCAAGAAGCGCCGCUCGAGCCUCAGCCAACGUGUCGUUGCCAUCCUACCAUCCAGACGCAGCCGGAGUACCUCGCAACUCAGCCAAACAGAAGCGGCGGGUAAGGCGGUGGACAGACAGAAAGUGUUAGCGGGUAAGAAGGUGGGUAAGGCCGGCAGCAGCAGCAUCCAGAGGAGCGUGGAGACGGGCAUGGCUGUGGAGUAUCCACGGGGAGGCUCAGCCAUGAAUCGGCAGGCCAGCAGAGAGUCCACUGAUGGCAGCAUGAACAGCUACAGCUCUGAGGGGAAUCUGAUCUUCUCAGGGAUGCGUCUGGGUGCCGACAGUCAGUUCAGUGACUUCCUGGAUGGUUUAGGUCCUGGUCAGCUGGUGGGCCGGCAAACACUGGCAACACCUGCCAUGGGUGAUGUCCAGAUUGGUUUGAUGGAUAAGAAAGGUCAGCUGGAAGUGGAGGUGAUCAGGGCACGAGGCCUUACCCCCAAACCAGGCUCCAAAUCCCUCCCAGCUCCCUAUGUCAAGGUGUACCUGCUGGAUAAUGGAACUUGUAAAGCCAAAAAGAAAACCAAGAUUGCACGAAAGACUCUGGAGCCUCUCUACCAGCAGCACCUGCUCUUUGAUGAGAGCCCCCAGGGCAAGGUGCUUCAGGUGAUAGUAUGGGGCGACUACGGACGAUUGGACCACAAAUGUUUCAUGGGUGUAGCACAGAUCCUAUUGGAGGAGCUGGACCUCUCAAGCACGGUGAUCGGCUGGUACAAACUGUUUCCGCCAUCCUCAUUGGUGGACCCUACAUUAGCUCCACUCACGCGACUGGCAUCUCAGACGUCAUUGGACAGCUCAGGACCGCCACCGGGCGUUCGGUCCUAGUGACCGGAUGGCGACCGCA